ACUCACACGUGACUCCUGAUGGAAAGAGUGAAUUAACGUUACACAGGCUGUUAAAUGUGAUUUGUCGCUCCUUCAAAAGCUGAGGACAAUAAGAUCAUUUGAAUGAAACUAGAUCUAGUUCACGCCGUCUCCAGCAGUUGACUAACGUUACUCCUCAGUCCUCAUGAGGGGGCAAAAGGACGGUUUUUAACCGGGCUUCAUACCCACAUCCUGCAGUCUGCUCAUGCUCUGCUCUCGUCCCUUAAAGCGGUGCGACUCCACCAGCGACAACAUGUAGAACUUGGAAGUCUGUCCCGGUGAAUACAAGACCUUCGAUUAGAGUGAAACAAGCUGUUGGUAACAUGGGGAAUAACUCUGGAAGAGAGCGACAUGGGUCUUCAGGCACUGCAGCGGAAACAUAUGAAACACCUCCCACCUCACCAUAUAGUGUUGUUACUACCUGCUCACCAACCACACAAUUGGUGUCCAUUUCCAACUGUACAAGCACAGCCACCCCUGAAACAGCUCAAGACGCUCUGAGCUCCACCAAUCAGAAUGACGAGCCAUUGCUGGACUGCAGGACAGGGCCUGAAAAGGAGGCUGAGGAGGAACUUAAGAUGACAGAAUCACCUGGGCAGGUGUCUUAUCCCUCAGAUGCGUGUAUGAAUGGAGACACAGAAGUGGACCCAAACCUUCUACAGGAGUGUUUGAACACACUGCAGCUGAACAACAUUGAAGAAUCCACGCACAUAUUAAAUGAUUUGUUAAAAUGUUUUCUGGUGGAGAGGGAGAAGAUGAAGGAGGAACUGAGAAGUUGUAAGGAGAAGAUUCAGGCAGAACGUGAGGAGUGGCAGCAAUUCCAGGCUGACCUGAAGGUGGCGCUGGUGGUUUCAGACAGACUGAGGGCAGAAGCUGAGGAAGAGCUAAGUACUUUAAGAGCAGCAAGGCAGGACCUGGGCACACAGCUAGCCAAUGCCUUGCAGAGUCGCCAGGAGGUCGAAAGUCAAUUGGAGAGCCUCAGAAUUGAGCUGGAGCAGAGCAAGCAGAAACUGAAGCAGGUCACAGGCAGCCACCAGGGGGCGCCGGCAAUGAGGGGCCUAGAGAGACAAGUGGAGGGUUAUGGGAAGAGAACCGGACCAGAAGAUCAACUGUGGACUGAUGAAAUGAAGAGAAAAAGAGAAAUGCGCAUCUCUGGUACUUCAGAGAGGUCAAGGAGCCUGUGCCGGAUGCCCUCAGAUUACCCUGAUGUUGUUGUUAAUGGUACUUCUCAACCUUCUGUUACUAUGACAACAGUAUGUACUUCUCAGAGCAAGACUCAAGCAGUAAGUUCAGACAAACAGAACAACAAGACCAGCUCCAAUAGAGAUAAGAAAGUGGAGAAUUCACUCCUACAGACAUGCAACUCUUCGGUUUUAGAUGUGGCAAAACAGAUCAACAGAACAAGGACACAGGAGGAUUUCCCAUCAGGACUCAGGUCACUGAGGCUUCAUGGCAGCUCCAGGCGGAACUCCCUGCUUUGCUGGUGUCAAGGCAGAACUCAGGGAUACAAGAAUAUUGAGAUAACUAAUUUCAGCAGUUGCUGGGUGGAUGGUUUGGCCUUUUGUGCGAUUUACCACAGUUACCUCCCCUCUCACAUACCAUAUGACAAACUCAGUCCAGAGAAUAAGAAAGAGAAUCUCGCUCUUGCAUUCCAGACUGGAGAAGGUUUUGGAAUCUCUGCAUCACUGACGGUGGAGGAAAUGCUAAAAGAAGAAGCACCGGACUGGCACAGAGUUCUGGAAUAUGUAGAGAGCAUCUACCGCCACUUUGAGAUGUGAUACUGUGAAUAUAUACACGUCCUGAGCCUUUAUACCGUGAUCACGAAUGCUUUCAAAAUUCCACCACAGUAACAGUAUAUUCUCAUAGGGGACCACACGACUUCAAGCAACCUUAAAGUGGACCUGAAAGUUCAUCUUUAGCUGUUGGUCCGCGAUCAGAUUUUUUAAAGUAACUAAGAGGUUUGUAUUAGAGAAGGUUUUGCUGGUUAGCAUGGCCUGCUAACACUGCCACAUAUUUUGACUUCUUGCAAGCAACAAAUGAAUUGCUUGUUUCAUUAUAUUAUACUGAAGAGCUGUCAAAUGGACUUAAUGGCUUUUUGUUUUUUCUUGUUGUGCCAUUAACCAAUCAGCAUUUACAGCUGAGGUGAUUAGCUCAAAAAUGUUGUGCCAAGAACUGAAAGCCUGAAUAGGAAGCAAGCAGGUUGCUUAAUUCUGGGGACCCUGCACCAAUUUUGCAUUCACAUCACUGAGAUGAACUAGAAUGCUAUUGAAUGGCUUGUCCUAGUAUUAUAGAUCUCCUAAGAAAGGCUGGAGUGUCAGGGUAAAGAAGGGUUUUGAGUUGGAUGAGUAGUCUCCAUCAAAAUGACUGUUUUGUUUGUUAUUGCUGCUUUCUGCCCUCUGUUGGUUUUCAUUUGGUAUUGCAGUUUCAAUUUGUCUGUUUGUCAUUUUGCUCUUUUUUAUUCAGAUUCUUAUACAGUAAGACCUGGAUUACAGUAUAAAUCUCAAAUCACACAAAGCAUUACUCCUGUAUGUGUGCCAUGUUUUUUGCUGCGAUCUGAUUAAGGAACCGAGCUGUAAUAUCAUCCUGUUUUGUUGUCUUUGAGCCCCCAAACCAUCAGUGAUACUCUGACACCAAAGUACCAUUAGUGUGAUGUAGAUAUUAAAGGAAAAUAAGAUUCCAAAGACAAGCAUUAAUAAAUCAAUGUUUU